CCAGCCGCCAUGGCAGCAACGGUUGUCGCCAUAACAACGUAGGGGCUAUCUGUAAAGAGCACGUAGGACUCAAAACGCAAAAAUAAUCACAAGGACACUUAUUACGGUCGAAUUCAAACAAGAUAGUCACGUAUCGCAGUUAAAUCCACCAGAACGUAAGACUAACGGAUUAUAAAUCCUAGUGUUUGCUUAAUGUUAUCGGCACAAAUCUCGCGUUUGCCGCCGACAGCACUUUACCGUCUGUCCCUUACGUCAUUGUUGCGGAAGUGAAAAGUCUACGUGGGGAAGAAAGGUUGGUCUGACCGCGUUUGAAUACCGUACACACCAGCAGCACCGAUGUCCAAUCCAGGAUAGCUGUGUCCCCCGUCUAACCAGUCUUCCUCCCCGCCCCCGUUGGGCUAAUGGUCGCGCUGAGCAGCACCCGGGGCGUAUAAAUGGGACGGAGAGCCGACGACAGCCUGUAAUGCUGCGCCGGGUGCGGCAGUCUCUCCGGCAGGUGCUGUUUCUGAUGGCCCGGAGACCGGGUCUGCUCUGCGGGGCUAUCGUGCUCGGCGUCCUGCUCGUCCUGGCCGUCAAAUUCACAUGCAGCCGUGCUAAGAAUGUGGUGGCAUCGGCUCGGCCUCCGGUGCGGUUCUUCUCUACCGAGGCCCCGGUAGUGGACCUCUACAUGGGUCAGCUAGACCAGGUGGAGCGUCUCAGGAGCAUGGCGGAGGUAUCGCUCAUCUUCUUCUACGCACCGUGGUGUGCUCAUUCGAUGGCUGCGCGGCAGGAAGUGCAGCAGGUCGCCAAGAAGUUGGCCAAACAGGUGCAGUUUGUGGCCGUUAACUGUUGGUGGAGUCAGGGGAAAUGCAGGAAGCAAAACCGCUUCUAUCAGUACCCGAUCAUCCAUUUGUUUUAUAGAAGGUUUGGGCCUAUUGAGUACAAGGGUCCAUUUUUGGCUCCGUAUGUGGAAAGUUUUAUCCUCAGAGUCAUCACGCCGCUCACUUACCUCCCAUCCAGAGCAACACUGAGAGAGUUCCUCUCCUAUCACGAGCCUCGAGUGGUGGGUUUCUUCCAGUUCAACUCCUCUCCUCAGCCGCCGGGGUACAUCACAUAUCUGUCCUCUGCUCUGCAGGCUCUAAAAAGGGAUUUCCGCGGUGCUGUACGUUUCGGGGUUGUGACCAACAAACAGGUAGCCGAGGCCAUCCCGCUGCAGGACGAUGAAACAGUUUACCUUUACAGAAGAUUGAAUUCCUCUUUGAUCUUCCCUCGAAGUGAGCGCAACUUCACAUCAGAGGCCAUCUGUAGCUGGGUGUUUGAACACCACGAGACCGUCCUCCACUGGCUGCAGCCUCCAGGAACAAAGUCCCGCCUCCUGGAACGUGAGCUGACUAAAGGUCCGGCACUGCUGCUGUUCCUGCCACACAAUCCGCUCGGGUCCAGCCCCAGUCCCAUACUGCAGCAGGUUGCAGACAUCGCUGUGCGUUAUCAUUCCUGUGACAACAAAAACCACUCCAGCUCGGACGAAAGUUCCACCUCCCACUCGCAGUGCUGCCAGUCAGUCCUCCUCCCAGAGUCCAGCACCAGUGUGUGUGAGGUGUGCCUCAGCUUGUCGCGAUCGCUCCUGACCAGCUCCUCUGUGUGCUGCUCCUUCUCCUCCACGGCUCAGGGAGGAGACGUGUUGCAGUCUUAUCUCAGACACUGCUGCCUGCACCAAGAAUCGGACCCCGCGUCCAUAAAAACCGCAACCUCAUUGGGCUGUAGCAACUUUCUGAACAGCUACAGCCCAUUUAGUCAGUACAGUGCCUGCUGUAGGAAAGUUAAACCUCAACUCAACGAAUCACAAGCCAAAGAGGAGCCAGACAUGCAAAGAGUUCCCCUCACGCCCCCAUCUUCAUCCAUACCUCCACCGUCUGGCCCUCAGCAGGAAGCAGACGGGAUCACAGGGCUCUGGUGUCAGACCAACAGGACGCUCAGGUUUUAUGUGCUGGAUGUCGCUCUGAACUGGCCUUUGGCGGUGAGGCUCGGAGCAACGGGCAACAAAAGUGCUUCUUCACACCAGGAGGCUGGCGGUGGGAGCAGUGACGGGUCGUUUGCAGCUAUUGUGAACCUGAAGGACGAGGUUCAUUAUGUUCUCCACCGCAACCGAGAAACCACACUGACCGAGUCUCUGGAGGCCUUCAUCAGGAACUUCAGUGCUCCAUACAGCCUCCUCCAGAGACACCUGGUGGGAGAGGAAGAGCGGAAAGAUGGCGAGGGGGAAACCAGGCAUCCAGACCAACACCAGCACUCGUCGCCUCGCCCGCUCAUCACAGAACUGAACACUGCCUCCUUCCUGCCUUCUGUCAUGGACGUCCAAAAGGAUGUUCUGCUGUUCUACUACACUCAGUGGUGUGGAUUUUGUUCUGUUCUCAACCACGUCCUCAUCCAGCUGGCCAGAUUAUUACAGGGAAACAGCACCAUCACUGUCGCCAGGGUGAAUGUUGCUCGUAACGACCUUCCAUGGGAGUUCAUGGUGGAUCACGUUCCCUCUGUUCUUCUCUUUCCCAAAUACAGAAAACAUUUUAGUGUGAAGUUUCCUGACGACCUGCCCAUCACAUUACCCAACCUCCUACGCUUCAUCCUGCAGCACUCUGGUUCAGUACAAUACGCAGACAAACCAGCGACUUCUUCUAGCGAGGGUGAGGGGCCGGGGGCCAUCUUCCGUGCUGAGUUCCUGGCACUCCAGCAUGAGGUUCAAACGCUGCGUCACGCCCGUGAACGUCUCUCCCAGCAGCUGGCGCAACUGUGGCGUGACAACAGGCGGCUGACAUUUGACACUCGCACCUUAGAGGCCAAGAACUCAGAGCUGCAGCAGGAGAGACAAAACUUAGAGGAGCAGCACCGGGAGAAAAGUAGGCAGCUUGGCGAGGCGGUGAGGCGGCUGCAGGACCUGGCAGACGCCUCUGAAAACCUGCUGAACGAGAACACACUGCUCAGGGUCCUGCUGAGGGCGCUGAAGGGCAGGACGGAGGCUAAAGAACAGGUGGAGGUGGAGAGAAAAGAGGCAGAACAGAAGAGAAGCCAUAUGGCGUCAUGACCACGAGUCCGCAGGGAAUCUUGAGAGCGAGAGAAGAGAAAAGAGGGCCAGGAAAGGAAGACAGAAGAGGUGAAACAGGAGGAAUUACUGAGCUAAAUGAAGAUGAGCAGAGGAGGUCAUUCAAAGCCCACAGGGCAAAGACCUAGACAUGUCAUCGUGAGAGGAAAGGAGGAUGAAAUGACGGCUCCGAUCUGUCAGGAGAGCAUCUAACACUGCUGCUAAGUCAGGAUAGAUGUGAGGAAACGCUUAAAAGAAGGUGGAGAAGUAGCCAGCAAAACAUCAGUGCUGGUCAGAGUCAGAAUACUACAUAAAAGUACUGUGAUGAUGGUGGGAUUAUCCACUCUUAGGAACACACUAGUAUGGGAACUAAGUGCCAACUGUCCAAUUUAAAAUCAAUACUACUCAGUCCUGAUGCUGUGCUUUCACAAAUGUAAUGUCUGUUGAAGUGUGAAGACGUAACCAGAGUUGAUCGAGUUACACAGAGCCCUGCAGCCAGAGCGCACCCUCCCUGAGUUCUUAUGCAAUAGAUGAUAUUUAAAUAAAGGCCAAGGCUCAGAUAAUAGCCAGCAUGAACAAAUAAAGGCCAGGUGAAGGUGAACAGUGUUUGGUGAAGGUAGGAAACUGUCAAUCACGUGUUCCUGAAACCCAAAGUGACAUCCUCAAAUAGUUUGUUUCAUCUGAUCAGACAGUUUAAAACCUGAAUUUUGAGUCUUCUUUAACAAGACAAUUAAAUAAAAUCAGCAAAUCCUCCUGCAUGUAGAGCUGCAGUGAUUAGUUGAUUCAUUGAUUGGUCAACAGAAAAAAAAUGAAUCGCCAGCUUUUGAGAUACUAGAUUAAUUGUUUUGGAUCAUUUUUUUUAGCAAACGUCAGACGUUUGCUGAAAAGUCAGGAUUUUUGCUGCUUUUCUUUCUCAUACAUGAUCAUAAAUAAAGAGUCUUUUGGUUUUUAACUGGUUGUUGGACAAUAAAAGCUGUUUGAAGAUGUCACUUUGGACUUGGUUGCAACCUCAGCAGAACAACAGAGUCGCUCAGUUUCUCUUUUUGUCCGCAGACACAAUGCUUUCAUAUUGUAGUUAAUUCCAGUUGUUCCCUCCUUGCUGUACUUUCUAAACACAGUGAAGCUGCGGCAACAAAACUCAACACCUCCUGAUCUAAAUAUAAAAGGAAGGAUGCCGAGGAAGGUGAUGAGUUUCAUUCACAGACGUUUAUUUGGAAGGAAAAAGGUCACGGUGGAACACGUUAAACUACAUUUUAUGAAGGAACAGGAAAUCUAAGAAACAAAAGCCUGCUUCUCUGUUUGAGAAGUUCCAGUGUGCACUCACCUGCUGCUCUACAAGCUGAGAGACAGUGACAACAUGUUCCAGUCAUCGUCUUUCAGGUUGAUGUUGAGCAGCAGGUAAAAGCACGACUACAGGUCAGGGAGAUGGACUCUGGCUGCAGGGAGGAGAGAGACGGCUACUGAUGAAGCCGAGACUUAUUUAAUACUGAAGACGUGUCACCUGCUCACUGAUCGGCAGGCGAGCCUCGGAGCACUUGAAAUAAUUAGCAAGAUGUUUCUGUUUUCUUUUUGUUUGUUGUUUUUUUUCUUGAAGGGGAUAUAAUGCUUUUGUUAAACGGAUCUAUUUUUACAGGAAUCAUUGAGUCUCUAAAAUAUUAUUUCUUUGUAACUAUUCAGGUAUUAAGAAUGAGAUGCUGCAAUUGUUUACAUGUGAAAUAUUGCACCUGUUUUUACUGAUUAAAAAAAAAAAUCUUUCAUCUUAUCGGA